UCACCACGUAUGCACUGUUACUUUUAAACCAUUUUGAGCCUAAAAUAGAAACGAUCUGAAGCUCUAGCUAAUUUGGUAACUAUUUUUUCUUCUUUUUCACACCCCUGUAAUCAACUGCUAUUCUCACAAUCUAUUGACUGACACUGUAACUCCUCCCCCACAAGUAGACACAUAACUCCAUCAGUUCUCUCCCAUCCUCACGCCAAACUGCAUGACUUGGAGACAUCAACACUGCCUGGCUGCUCUGAAUUGACUAUUCACCUGAACACACCUGUGCUGGAAUGCCUGAGUCUCCUCUCAGUCCCACGGCAGCCCGUCAAACCCCAGCCAGCAGCCUCAUCAGUCACACAGACAACGUUGCAGGAGAGAGUGUAGCUAAUGGGGACUCCUGCAGUGAAGUGAGCAGAGGAAACUGGCAGAGUCUCCACCAUAAACAGGUCUUCCUUGCAAUGAUGGCUCCUCAGCAGAUGCAGCAGCUUCUGUCCCCCAACCAGCUGCAGGCUCUGAUCCACCAGAAGCAACAAGCCCUUCUGCUCCAGCAGCAACAUCUUAAAGAGUUUUACAAGAAGCAACAACAACAGAUCCACCUGCAGCUGCUUCAACAGCAGCCAGGCAAGAAAGGCAAAGAGCUCCCCGCACAGCAGCUUGUUUUCCAGCAGCUCCUCCAAAUCCAGCAGCAGCAGCAGCAGCAGCAGCAGCAGCAGCAGCAGCAGCUCCUCCGGGUGCAGAGACCGGUCCUGUCCUCCCCCGCCCUCUCUCCAGCUGGUUUAAGCCCUGCAGAGAUGCAGCAGAUAUGGAGAGAGCUGACAAACGGAAUAACAGAGGAUAAAACCACACUGAAGACCAAUCAGAGCUCUGCUGCUAACAACAUUAAGCCAACUAAAGUCACAGGGAGACAGACCGCUGACCAGCAGUCUGCCUCUCCUCGCAGGGCAGAAUGUGCUGUUAAAGCUGAUCGUGCCGCCACGCAUGUUCUCUACAGUCACGGGGUGUGUAACUGGCCUGGAUGUGAGUCAGUCUGUGAAAACUUCAGCCAGUUUAUAAAGCACAUAGGCAGUGAGCACACUCUGGAUGACAGAAGUACAGCCCAGUGCAGAGUCCAGAUGCAGGUGGUUCAGCAACUUGACCUUCAGCUCUGCAAAGAACGGGAGCGUCUGCGAGCGAUGAUGGCUCACCUGCAUCUGCCAUCUUUAGAAGCUCAGUCGCUCUCUGCACCCGCGAGUCUACAGUCACCGACAUUAACCGUAUCACAAUCUGAUACGGCUGCUGACCCACGCUGUCUACAGCUCAGCUCAGUCUCCAUCGCCGACAACCUGCCCUCGCUGAGCCCGUCAGACUCGGCGCAGGUCUCCCCUCAACCUCUAGCCCCUGUCGGCACUCCGUCCCAGGGGUGUGAGGAGGAGUCGCCCACUCAUACAUCAUGUGCUGGGGCCAUAAGACAUCGUCAUCAGCCUUUGAUCUACUCUCUGUCUUCAGAAAAUGAAUAUGAGCUCUACAAGAACACUGAUAUCAGACCACCUUUUACCUAUGCGACACUGAUAAGACAGGCUAUUAUGGAAGCAUCAGACAUGCAACUCACACUCAACGAGAUAUACAACUGGUUCACACGGACGUUUGCCUAUUUCAGACGCAACGCUGCCACUUGGAAGAACGCCGUGCGCCACAACCUGAGCCUGCACAAGUGCUUUGUGCGUGUGGAGAAUGUGAAAGGCGCUGUGUGGACGGUGGAUGAGGUGGAAUACCAGAGGAGGAGAUCCCAGAAGAUCACAGGGAGUCCGUCACUGAUGAAAAAUGUUUCCUCCAGCCUCGCUUUUGGUGCCGUUCUGAACGCUAGCUUACAGACGGCACUCGCAGAAGCGUCACUGCCAGGAUUCAAGGAGUGUGCAAGCAGAAACUCAAGGAGUCAAAUACAGGAGAACAGAACACCAGAUAGCAACAGCACAGACUCCUCUGCACGAGUCCAGCAAACGUCUCUGUGUGUCAUCUCUUGCAGGUCUCCUUUCCUUAAAGACAAAGCACUGAAUCUGAAUGACCAAGAAUCUCUGAUGCCGACUGUAAACCCGGCCGGUCUGCAGCUCGACAUGACUGAAAACGACAAAGAUCACUUGUUUGACCUCGAAUGACUUCUUCACAGAUUAAAAAUAAUCAGCUACGAGGCAGUCAAGCAUGCCUUCGUUGAACAUUCAGGGAUGUAGAUCACAGUUUACUUACAGUAUCAUUGUGACUUUAUGUUUAAUCUUUUGUAUGUGUCGUCUGCAAAAUAUUUGAUCACAUCAAAAUUGAGCUAUUGAGAAUUUUUCAGAUAUUCAAAUUAAUAUUUCAAAGAGAUUAAAAAAUGUUCUGUCAGUUAUUUAUGAGCUUUAAAUGUAACUUUACAGUUUAUUCACUUUUGAAUCUAUACAUUUCAUAAUUUCUUUUACUCAGAUAUUAAUAGCAUAAUCUUUUUUUUUUAAAGGAUCCCUUUCCAAGGCAUCAUGACAAGCAUCAAAGUCAAAAGCCAGGUGAUAUAUAUGAAUGUACACAUUCAAAAGUACAAACAAAUCCAGCCCCUUCAUGUGUUUUAGUAAUAUAUACCGGUUUUCCAAAGGCCAAAGUAAUCCACAGAAAUAUAUGUAAUAAUGUAGAAAAUGAAUGUUUUGUGUAUUUGCUGUAAUCGCCUAAAAGUAAUAGAAUAAAGUAUAGAGGUGGUGAAUCACACGUUACAUCAAAGAUGGAGAUGUUGUGUGUGUGUGUCAUUGAAAUAUUUGAACAUUUGUGGCUCCUCUCUGUUUUUCUCUGUACAAAGAAAGAUUCAACCUGCUGAAGUGGGUUUUAUUUCUAAUUCUUAUUAUGUCAGUGUGUCUUACUGUAUGUGUGUUUUCCUGUUUCACUGUGUGUAACUUGAUUGUUCCAAACAUUCCUCUUUUAUAAAAGUUUGUGGCUUUAGAAGAAGGCUUCAGGAUAGUUGCUGAGUGCAUACACCAGUCUGUAUUUAUAAAAAAUGUGUUUAUCUGUACAAUGUAAGUUAUUAAUCUGUAAUAAAUAUAUGUUUAAUGCUUUAUUUAUCAUAAUGAGACCUGCCAUAAAUGACAUUGAUAAAUAACAUUGUUGUCUUUAAAUCCAAUUCAGUAUACAGGCUAAAUUUAAAUGUUAUGCACCAGUAUACUUAUAGACACACUGCCACUAAUCUGGUGUGGUUUUACCUGUUAGACUGGUUUAGUUUGUUUAGUAUUUGAGAUUUUUACAAAGAAAAAGAAUAAAUUCCUUGAGUAAAUACACUUGUUGUGGUGUUAUGUUUGGACCUGUGAAAUCAA